AUGUUUACUGGAUUCCGUAUAAUAUUGCUCGCUGGAGCUUGUAUAUUUUUUACUCUAUUAGCUCUAAUCUCGCUUUCAAGCAGAUUGCCUUCAGAAAAUAAUACUUUCCAAGUGGACAAUAGAUAUGAAAUCAAACCACAUGUUCCCAAUGACGAACACGCUACUGCAAAGGAUGUUAAAGUGAGACAACAUAGGGAGAUAGUUAUUCGCCCUGGAGAGAAGUUUUUAUCAUACUGGACACACAGUGGAUACCAUAAUCAACGUAUUGCUUUAGAGAAUGCAUUGUUGCUUGCAAAGAUGCUUAAUCGGACUUUGUUAUUGCCGCCGCUAUUCUUAGGACCCCCAGUUCCGUUUGCAGAAUUUGACAGAAUGUAUGAACGUCUAUUGACGAUUACAAAGAGGGGAUUGGAACAUUGCGGGAAGGUGCCGAGUGAUUAUCCGAUACCAGCCGAGUGUCUUAAUUAUUAUUUGAACACAAAAGUCUCUUGGGAGUUCCUGGUGGAUAUGGAACCGAUUCGUAGAUGGCACAGUUUUGUCGAGAGAUGGGACAUGUCGGUUGAGUGGCUCCAUUCUCGGUUGGGUAUUACUCAUGAUGACACGUACCGUUUAAAAGAUAAUCGUCUCUGGGAUUAUCGUAUAUAUGAUACGAACGACAGUGCGAUUGGACUCGACAAGUAUGCGCGAUCUAUCUUUGUAGAGGACUUGAAACGUGUUGAACAUAAAUUAAUCCAAACGGGUUCAUUGUUUGGUACUUUUCGGGUCGUUCCUGAUUUACUGGAAAACCAACAACACUUAAAGUUCAUCAAGGAACAUCUUGUUAAUAGGAAUGCCAUUCUUACAAAGUUAGCUGCACGUAUUGUGGAUAAAAUAGGAGGCGCGGGUAACUUUAUUGGAUUACACAUGCGGGUUGGAGACGGUUUCUUCAUGAGGACAGCAAGAAUGACUCUUGACCGUAUGUACCAUACGAUAAUUGACGCUAGGACUAAUUUAUCGCCUGAUGUAGUCGACAAAUUGGAGGGGGGUACUCACGAUCAGGACAUACUUGAAGAUGAGACAGUUGAUUUAAAUAAGCGCAUGAUCAAACCGCUAGAAUCAGAAAGUUUUGAGGCUGCUACAAAUGACGUGUUCCCAGAUUCGACUAAAACGCGUCGUGCCGUUGUUCCGAUUUCUCGUCCUAAAAUUCAAUGCCACAAGGAGCUGGAUGAUAAUGAUCCUGGCGUUAAUACUAUCAUUUAUAUUGCUACUGAUGCCAAAAUGCCUCGAAAUAAUUCUCUUCUAUUUAAGUUCUUUAAUACUUUUCCAUGUGUGUUCGUUUUGGAUGAUUUCCAAGAAGAAUUGGAUGAGAUCAGACCGUUACGAAAUAUUGAGGAUAAGGCUCCACUCGCCAGUCAUCUUAUUCCAAUGUUGGAUGCAAUGGUUGCUGCUCAUGCAGAGACAUUUUACGGUACUCCUAGAUCGACGUUUAGCACUUACAUUAACAAACAAUUGCAACCUAUAUAUGCAGGAAAAUCAAUUGAUAUUGUAGUAUAUUCUUAG